AUGGUCAGUCCUUGGCCAUUCGCCCAGUGGGGACUUGACCUCAUUGGACCUAUGCCCGAAGGCAAAGGCCAGGUCAAGUACGCCGUCGUGGCCGUCGACUACUUCACUAAGUGGGCUGAGGCAGAGGCCCUAGCCACCAUCACCGCUGCCCGCAUUGAGGCGUUCGUUUGGCAAAAUAUCGUGUGCCGCUUCGGCAUCCCUAACGCCAUCGUCACGGACAACGGUCGGCAAUUUGACAACGCAAAAUUUAGGCAGUUUUGUUCCAACCUCAAGAUAAAACUUUGCUUCGCUUCUCCAGCCCAUCCUCAGUCCAAUAGCCAGGUCAAAGCCGUGAACAAAAUUAUCAAGAAAACCCUGAAGACCAAGCUUGACAAAGCCAAGGGUUGCUGGCCAGAGCUACUCCCAGAGGGUACCCUGGGCCCUGCGUGGGAAGGUCCAUAUGAGAUCACCAAGGUUUGCCGCCCCGGGACUUAUCAGCUUCGGGAUCUCAAGGGCAAAACCUUGCCUCACCCUUGGAACGCCGACCAUCUCAAGUACUACUACAAGUAA